GUGAGAAUUCUGCUUGCUAGUAUAAACGUGUAGUAAAACUUUAGUGUGAAGAUCUAGUGAGGUUUGGACCCGUAAGCUGCCUAUAGUGAGAUCAGUUUAACAAAAUGAAUAAAAGAUACCGUUCUCCAACAGCAAAUCAAAACAGCAAACAAUGUAAGGAAGGAUGGAAGUCUCUUGGUUUGAAAUGUUACUACUUCUCCACAUAUAAAUUGACCUGGACUCAGAGUAGAGAUGAGUGUGUGGAGAAAGGAGGCCACCUGGUGACUAUAACCAGUCGAGCUGAACAGGAUUUUGUAUCUUCACAAAUUCGAGUAACACACUGGAUUGGCCUGAAUGACUUGGAAACUGAGGAGAGUGGAUGUGGGUGAACAACCAGCCUUUAAAAGACACAAGUUCAUCGUUCUGGUUUGCUGAGGGACAAAGUGAACCUGAUAACUGGACAAUAGAGGAUCCUUCUGGAGAGAACUGUGGCGCUCUGGGACAUGAGAGUGGACAUGUAGAUAAAUGGUUUGAUGCUUCUUGCCAUAAGCUGAAAAGGUUUAUUUGUGAAAAUUAAAAUACAACAUGUUCAAUUUUAGCUAUAAAUUGAUUUGGGGAAAGUCUGUAACAUUUGGUUGUUGUGUCUGAAUAUUUGGUAUUGUAAUAUUAGGUAUGAACUGUAUGAAGGUAUGAAGAGUCUAAAUCAGGCUGCACAACAAAUACUUAACCAAUAUUCACAUAAAAACCUGAAAAUUACUUCUGUGUGAGCGUUAUUCAUUUAGACAUUUGUGAAUUGGAGAUCAUACAGAAUUUUCUGGUUUUUCAGGGGUUUUCCAAAACUUUUUGUUUGAGCUGUUUCAGCAUUUCAUUAAAAAAAAAAAGUCUUUAAUAUCCAUUCUGCUGUAUUUCAUGCAUCCUGUUUCUGUAGAAAUGUUGAAAUAUGCAGAACUGUAUAUCUAUUUUAGUGGGGUACACUGAAGUGAAUUUCUCUCUAUCUUACACACACACACACACACACACACACACACACACACACACACACACACACACACACACACACACACACUAUAAAUAUAUUUCUCAACUCCCAGCAAAUCUGAUAUGAAUCAUAAGCUAAUGAUUGAAGUUUUCAUGAGACUGAUCAGCUGGACUUGGUAAAGGUAAAAUAUGGAACGGUGUAGUCAGGAAUCUCUCAACACAACACAAAUGUUUGAAAUAGAUAAGCGUUUUCACCCAAAUAUCUUUGAGUGCUCUCAGUUGAAAAACAAGACAAUUGGAAAGACCUUCAAAUCUGUUCUUCAACUCCUCCUGAUGCUUGGUGCUUUAUCAACGCUGUGUGCUGUAGGGAUCUUCUAUCACAAAAAAGUGGUCUCAUAUGAAAUAUUAAGUGAGAAGUAUGUUAACCUUUCAGCAACAAUGAUAAAGCAACAACAUGAAGCCAAGGAGACAGAAAAACUGUAUGAAGCAUUAAAGGUGAAUUAUCAGCAAGUUCAGAAAACUGUAGAAUGCAGAGAGACUACAAUACUGUAUAACACUUUAAAGCUGGAGCAUCAGCAACUUAAGGAAGAUCUCUCAGCAUGCAAAGAGAUUGAAGACAGUGGACACUGUGAGAAAGGGUGGAAGCCUUUUGGCUUGAAGUGUUACUCUUUUUCCACUACUAAAUUGACCUGGACUCAGAGUAGAGAUGAGUGUGUGGUGAAAGGAGGCCACCUGGUGAUUAUAACCAGUCGAGCUGAACAGGAUUUUUUAUCUUCACAAAUUCGAGAAACACACUGGAUUGGCCUGCAUGACUUGGAGACUGAGGGAGAGUGGAUGUGGGUGAACAACCAGUCCUUAAAUGAGACAGGCAUAAUGUUCUGGUUUAGUGCACCAGAGGGACCAAAUGAGCCUGAUAAUUGGAAAAUAGUGGAUUCUUCUGGAGAGAACUGUGGUGCUCUGGGAAAUGAGAGUGGUGCCACAAGUAAAUGGUUUGAUGCAUCUUGUCUUAAGCUGAAAAAGUUCAUCUGUGAAAAGUAAUAUAACGUGCAUUUUUUUUACCCAAAAUAAAUUUA